AUAUUCUCUUUUUUUGUACUUCAUUGAACAAUUCCCUUAAUUUAACACAAACAUGAUUCUGGUACUUUACGUUUCCUCCCCUCAAAAAAAGAGCGUUUGGAGCCAUCUACCUGUAGGAUAAAGCGCGUGUAAAUGGACGUAAACGUCGUUGCUAGGAAACGAACCGUGACAACAGCAUGGCUCACAAGCGGCGUUAUUAGUGAAUUUCCCGUACUCUCGCCGAACCGUUUGUUUUGUAUUUUGCUUUAUUUUAAUGACCAUUUCUGAAACAAAGAGAAAAUGGCAGAAGCGGUGUUAGCUGAAGUUGACUGGGACGAUGGUUUUGCCAUCCCUGUAGCUAAUGCAGAGAAUAGAGCACUAGAGGAGGAGCUUCGAAGAAAGCAAAAAGAACAAGUCAACCUUGAGAACAAACUGAAUAAACAUCGGGACAUUAUAAAUGCGCUGACAGAACAUCUAAAAAAUUUAAGGCAGGAGGUUUCUCACACUCAGGCAGUGUGCAAAGCCAGAGAGAAAGAGACCGAAUCAGAGUUGCAUUUCAAGGCGCUCGCCAAGCGGGAGACAGGUCGCCUGAAGCAGGAGAUCAAGAAGCUAGAUGAUGAACUGAAAGCCCUGAAUGAGAAGAAAAACUCCAAAGAGAACAACAUCUUCAAAGCCACUCAGAAGCUUGAUGAAUUAAAGAGUCAGCUCAACCUGGACCAGCAGGCUUUGGAUGCAUGGUUUCAGGAGUCAGCACACAAAGAUGAGGACAUCAUGGCAAUCAUGAAGUAUGCCAAGCAAGAUGAAAGCAAGAUUCGAGAGUUGAUGCUGAAGGUUGAGAAACUGACUGUUGAAGCCAACCAGAAGAGAAAGACCUUAGACAAUGAAAUCACUGAGACCGCUAUGGCACAGCUUGCUUUAGACAAGACAGUCCAGAACUUUCGUCAAGCCCACACUGAAAGACAGGAGAUGAUCAGCCAGCUGGAGAACACCAUUCAACAAAUAAGGAGGAGAGACCAAGAGAUACAAGAAUGUGCAAUGUUGUUGGCGGAGGUGAACCAAAUGAUAAGGGAGAAGGACGAUUUGAUCAAGGAGAGGAAGGAUUUCUUAAAGCGUGAGAUAGAAAACAAUAAGGAGCUGGAGAGGAAGAUAGCCACAGCUGAACGUCAGGCAGUUCGACUCAAACAGCAGCUCCAGGAGGAAGAGAGCAACCAAAGGCGUCUUCAGGAUGAGCUACAGAGCCUGAAGGGAACUUUAGACCGAACUGCCAGAGAUGUGGAGACAGCCAGAUCUCAAAUAACCAACAUGAAAAAAGAGAUUAAAGAUAGAUCAGCCAAAGUUGAAAAGGCAAAGCAGAAUAACGCUGCUCUGCAAGAAAAGCUGCGACUAGUGACGGAGGCGGCGCUGAAUGGCGAGGAGCAGGCAGCACAGAUGGAGCAACUGCUUAAAGAACAAGAGCUUAGGAUUAAAGAGAUCGAUGCUCAGCUGCUGCGAAAGAGAGAAAUCAUGUUAAGGGAGAGUAAGCAACUGCAGGAGCUUCGUGCUGAAGAGAAGAACGCCGUGGCUGAAAUCCAAGGCACCCGGACCACUAUCUCAAACCUGUCCGGCAAAAUUCGCAAACUGAGCCAGAACUCCUUGAAACAGCAAAAUAUUAUCUUCAACCAGGAUUUUCAAAUCCAGAUGCUAGAGAGGAAAAUGGCCCGUUUGCAGGGACGGGUAAACACUGAGGAGAAGAAAGCUUUGGAGAAGAAGGUUUCAGAUCUAUCCGAAGCCCUUGAGGAGAAGAAGAAAACUGCUGCAAACCUCACCAAACAGUUGAAGAAACAACAAGAUGAUAUUCGUUGUGUUAAGAAAGAGACUGAAAAAACUGAAAAAGAGAAGAAAGAUCUGACCUCCAGGAUCCAGGAAGUGCAGCUCUUUAUUGACGUUUCUGAGAAAGAGCAGAAGAAACUCAGGCACAAAAAACAGGAAAGCAUGGUGGAGAAAGACCUGCUGAAGAUGGAGGUACAGCAUCUGAGAGAUAUGUUGUAUAACCAAGCAGACGGAGCACUUAGUCUGGAGAAGAGACGUCUGCAACUGCAGACAGCCAUGAAGGAGAGAGAAGAGGAGAUCAAUGUGCAUAGAGAUAUGAUCAAUAAACAGAUCAAAUUCACGGAGCAGGAUAGGCAAAGGCUCAGUGCUGAACUCCACGAGAGACUGUCCAAAAUCGACAAGCUGAAGAGCAGGUAUGAGAUCCUCACCUUUUCCAUGGCACCACCAGAGGGAGAGGAAGAGAAGUCACAGGCCUACUUCAUCAUAAAGGCGGCGCAGGAGAAGGAGGAACUCCAGCGUCAGGGCGAUGAUCUGGAUGCUAAAAUCAGCAAGAAGGAGAAAGAGAUCAAAGCUUUGGAGAACACUCUUGAAGUUGUCAAUAUUCGCAAUGCAACCUAUCGCAAAGCACAAAGCAAAGUCAAAGAGUCCAGUCCAGAGCAUCAAGAGAAACUGAAGCUGGAGGAAGAGAAACGUGCUGCUGAGGAGAAAUACAAGCACAAGAAAAGACAAAUCCAAGAGCUACAGGAAGACAUUGAAGGCAUGUCUAGUACACUUGAGACUCUUCUUCAGGAGGAAGCAGUCCAGAAUGAAACUAAUGAAAACAUCCAAGCACAAGUCUAUUCUCUCAAAAAAGACAUCAUCUCUCAAGAGGAGAAAUUGAAAAGAGCUGUAAAACAGUGUGAAAAAUAUACCAAAGAAAUUCGGUCUGCUAAAAAGACCAAAGAGAAGACGUUUGAGGAACGUGACAUAGAGCUACGUCAACUUAAAGAAUUAAAUAAAAACGUAAAUACGAUGCUUCUGCAAAUCAUGGAAGAAAAUCCUGACCUGUCAUCACUGUUACAGAUGCACUUCAUGCAGGCUGAUCUGUCACUGCCCUCACCUGCCUCUACCCCAUCUAGUCGCCUAAGCUCAAAGGGCAGCUCAGCACGGAGUUCUGCUUCACUUCGAUCCUCAGAUCAGUCAGCUAACAGCAGCCCCAGAAGCCAAUCUGGCACAUCUUCUCCUGUGAAGGUAGUGGAUCUGGGCUUGGGUCUCUCUGUCAAGUCCCCACAAGGAUCUCGCCCGACCAGCAGUGGAAGCAGCAGCAGCAGCAGCAAGGGCAAAAGACCUUCAGAUUCAUAGCACCUCUUUAAGUGAACAAGUACACUCACAAGUCUUGUUCUCAGACUGGAUGUAACUGAAUGUCUAAUUUAUUUAAUAAAAAUUCUCUUGAAUUAGACUUUGUUUAUGGUAAUUGCUCACACAUUCAAGGAGCUUUACUGUACAUUGUAAGACAUUGACUAUAAACAGAAGGUUCUGUUUGUUGACCCGUUACCACUUCCAAGAAUAAAAAAACUAAAUUAAAAAUUGUUUUUUACUUUUUCUUUCUGUUCAAUUGGAAUUAUAACUCUGCCCUGAUGACGUGUGAUUUUCAAUGCUUAAUGUCAUUGUAUGCAUUUCUACUUUGAUGUGUUUUUUUGAACACAAGAGUAUACGCAAUAAAACCCUACUUCCAUGAAA